AUGGUACCCAUCAACUUUGGAGAAAACGUUCUUGGACCUACUAAGCCUAAUCACCUGGAUCGACCGCCCUAUAUUCGUGGAGAUGCCUUUCAGUUUUUGAAUGCCAGUCGUGAAUUCCUUGAAUUUGAUCGUACGGAAUAUGUCGUAACCACAAGUCUCCUUAUUCAAGUGGUGUCUCGUCAACUGCGGUCGCUUGAAUGCUAA